GCAAAACCUGAAAUCUUCUGGUGGAACUUUGAGACCUUUGAGUUUGGAUUGGUUGGAGGAUAUGGGGAAAACAAUUCAUCUUUCUCCGUUCCCUUCUAAUGCGAAUGCGGAAGAAGUUAAGAGCUUUCUAGAGGGUUACACUGGUGAUGGAACUGUUUAUGCAGUAAAAUUCAGACCACCGCAGAAUCCAAGGCCAGAUACGAAAGCAUUUGCUUUUGCUAUUGUGCAAUUUACAACUGCUAAGAGUGCUGAUCAUAUAACCUCCUUGGUCAGUAAGCGCCUGUAUUAUGGGACUCUUUGGCUGAAGGCUAAGCAUGUGGAACGUGAUAUAGUACCCAAGCCAAGGUCCUCGAUUCUCACUUUGGAGAAUACAGAACUGUAUUUUGGCUGUCAAGUUUCAAGUGACAAGUUCUGUGUUCUCUAUACAGGGAAGAAUGUUAUGGUUAACUUUGGUUUUGACAUGCGGAAAAUAUACUUUGUCCUGGCUAAUGGAGGUGUAGAAUAUAAGCUUGAACUAACUUAUGAGGACAUCUGGCAACUCCAGCUUCGUUGUCCAAAUGGUAAAUACAAAUAUCUCCUAAUUCAGGUGCUUGGUGCUCCUCGGAUCUAUGAGAAACCUAUGUGCUCUUUAGGGCUCGUGUUUGAAGAUCCCAGUUUAAACUAUUUCAAGGAUGCUUCAGAUGAUCAGUGGGAUAGAGGAACAGAUUUCACCACCUCAUGCUGUAUUGGACAAUCUUCUGCCAUGUGUUUAAGGCUUCCAAACAGCUAUGAACUUCCAGAUUUGAAAAACUAUUUUGUCUACUACAAAGAAGAUAAAGGUCAGUUCAUUUUGAAGAGUGGAUCAGCGUUCUCCAGUAAUUUGGAUCUAGUCCCCAUUGUUGGCCCUCCUGAUGUUCCUGAGUUGCAGAGAUUCCCAUAUGACAUCCUGUUUAGGGUAUGUACUUUGGUACAGAAUGGGUGCCUUGCAGGGCCAACGCUUGAUGCUAAUUUUUUCAAGUUAGUUCAUCCUGAUUUCAUUCCAGUUUCCUACAUAGAACAUGCUCUGGAGAAGCUGCUUCAUGUAAAAGAAUGCUGCUAUGAACCAGUUAGGUGGCUCCGUGAACAAUAUGGAAGAUACCGUACAUCCAAGCGCACUCCUAGUUCCCCUACUAUUUCCUUGGAUGCUGGUUUGGUAUAUGUUCGCAGGGUUCAAAUAACCCCUAGUAAAGUUUACUUUUCUGGUCCGGAAGCUAAUGUUUCGAAUCGGGUGCUACGCCAGUACUCUAACCACAUUGAUAAUUUUAUUCGUGUUUCUUUUGUUGAUGAGAAUUUGGAUAAAAUGUUUUCAAUAGAUUUAUCUCCACGUACAUCUAAUGGCAGAAAUGAAAGGCGUACUGGAAUUUAUAAAAGGAUACUCUCUACAUUAAGAAAUGGCAUAGUUAUUGGAGAAAAGAAGUUUGAUUUUCUUGCCUUCUCAUCAAGUCAGUUGCGUGAUAAUUCUGCAUGGAUGUUUGCAAAAACGGAUGAUGGGAUUACAGCAUCAGAGAUCAGAAAACAGAUGGGUGAUUUUCAUGAAAUAAGAAAUGUGGCAAAAUAUGCUGCUAGAUUGGGUCAAUCUUUCAGUUCUUCCACAGAAACUCUUAGUGUUGAUAAGCAUGAAGUUGAAACCAUCCGUGAUAUAGAGCUGCAAAGAGGACAGAUGACAUAUGUUUUCUCAGAUGGGAUUGGUAAAAUUUCUUUUGAUUUUGCAAGGAGAGUUGCAAGAAAGUGUGAUGGCUUAAAAAAUUCUACUCCAUCUGCCUUUCAAAUAAGAUAUGGUGGCUACAAGGGUGUUGUGGCUGUAGAUCCAACGUCUGCAAUGAAAUUAUCCUUGAGAAAGAGCAUGUGUAAGUAUAAAUCACAGAACACAAAUCUAGAUGUUCUGGCAUGGAGCAAGUAUCAGCCUUGUUUCCUCAAUCGUCAGCUAAUCACCCUUUUGUCAACGCUUGGAGUGAAAGAUCGUAUAUUUCUAGAGAAGCAAAGGCAGGCUGUAGACGAGCUGGAUGCUAUUCUAACCGAUCCAUUAAGGGCACAGGAAGCACUUGAGCUGAUGUCUCCAGGUGAAAACAGUAAUGUUCUCAAGGAAAUGUUGAUGUGUGGCUAUGAGCCUAAUAACGAACCAUUCCUUUCGAUGAUGCUACAAGCAUUCCGGGCAGCGAAGCUGCAAGAACUGCGAACAAAGACAAGGAUAUUUGUUUCAAAUGGAAGAUCAUUGAUGGGAUGCUUGGAUGAAACUCGAAACUUGGAAUAUGGGCAAGUAUUUGUCCAAGUUUCUAGCAUUGGGCGUAAACAGUUUCAUGGAAAUUCCUCUUUUAUGUUUCACAGAAAUGAAUCGGACCAGCAAAAAUUUAUUGUUGGGGGAAAGGUAAUUGUUGCUAAAAACCCAUGUUUGCAUCCUGGUGAUGUGCGUGUUUUGCAAGCCAUUGAUGUCCCAACAUUGCACCAUAUGGUGGAUUGCGUUGUUUUCCCACAAAAAGGAGCAAGACCACAUCCAAAUGAAUGUUCAGGGAGUGAUUUAGAUGGAGAUAUAUAUUUUGUCAGUUGGGACCCUGCACUUAUUCUGUCCCGGCAAAUCCAACCCAUGGAGUAUGUUCCCGCACCAACUCUGUUCCUGGACCAUGAUGUUACAAUUGAGGAAGUUGAGGAGUACUUCACAGACUACAUUGUGAAUGAAAGCCUUGGAAUCAUAGCAAAUGCUCACACAGUGUAUGCUGACAAGGAACCAAACAAGGCAGAAAGCGAUAAAUGUCUAGAACUUGCAAAGCUAUUCUCAAUUGCCGUCGAUUUCCCAAAGACUGGUGUACCAGCUGAAAUUCCAGCUAAAUUACGUGUCAAUGAAUAUCCAGAUUUCAUGGAAAAGCUUGACAAACCAACCUAUGAAUCGCCGAGAGUGAUUGGAAAACUCUUCAGAGAGAUAAAAGACAAAUCAUCACACACAUUCUUUAUAGAAUUCACUCGGAAGGAGGCGAGGAGAUCUUAUGACCCUGACAUGGAGGUUGAUGGCUUUGAGGAUUACAUCGAUGAUGCUUGCUAUUACAAAGGUGAGUAUGAUUCGAAGCUGGGAAAUCUAAUGGAUUAUUACGGGAUUAAAACCGAGGCAGAGAUCCUCAGUGGGAAUAUCAUGAAGAUGGCAAAAUCAUUCACAAAGAAACGGGAUGCAGAGGCAAUCGGAUUGGCAGUUAGGUCUUUAAAAAAGGAGGCAAGGAAAUGGUUUGAUGAGGGACUUGGGACAGGUUCAUCUCCUGAUGAGGUAUAUGCCAAGGCAUCAGCUUGGUAUCACGUAACAUAUCAUCCUGAUUAUUGGGGAUGCUACAAUGAGGGAAUGAAUUGGGAUCAUUUCCUGAGUUUUCCAUGGUGCAUCUACGACAAGCUGAUAAAGAUCAAGAAGGACAGAAACAGUAUCAUCAGAUCCCGUCGCUUGUCAUUGCUGGCACGCCGAUUUGCGGAUGGUUUCAGGCUCAGUUGAAAACCAGGGUUCCCUUAAUUAAAUUAAUAUCUGAUGUUUGCUUAUGUUGUUUUAUAUUUGGAUUGGGAAAAAAACCAUUUAGGUGUGUAAAAACUUAGGGUUUUAGGGAACUGCUGAAUGUGAUGUAAAUAGGGAAGCCUGGACCAAACUGCUGAAAGGAGUGUCUAGUUGCUGAUACUAAUAUUAAUCUUUGAAUAC